AUGGCCGUACAGUACGUGCGAAUCGGGAUGGAGUGGAUGUCACAAACACCACAAAUAACACAUAAAAAUGCACUUAAACUUUGUCUGUACUUUGGCUCUGACGUGACCUACCAGUGCUCAUCAGUGAUGGAAAACUGGCCCUCACCCUAUCUACCAUUCAUUGACAAUAUUAAUGCCCUGUCAUGUCAAAGAGAGAAAGUGAAUGAUAAGGGAGAGGGUCAGCGCACGCAUACCCCUUAUCCCCUUCUCAUAGCACUGUUUAGAUUUCGGCGUAUCAUUCGGUUGGGACCCAAAUGGCAAAUACCCGGUGGCGCUGACAGCGCAGACAAUCAAACGAGAAAAAACACCAUUCCCACUGUCCCUCAGCACAUACCACUCCGUAAUUUUGAGGAAAAUAAUCAGUCGAAUAGCAGUGUAGACAGCGCAGACAAUCAAACGAGAAAAAACGCCAUUCCCACUGUCCCUCAGCACAUACCACUCCGUAAUUCCCAAACACUCCACGUCUCUGACAUGAAAUACUCAAACAAUAAGACAAUAAGUUAUGCAACGAAACAAAUAAUUCAUUCAAAGACUACGGAGUCUUACGCCAAAUAUGAGUCUAAGAAGACAAUACCAAUAACAGCGAAGACAAUGGCAUCGCUCAUGAAAUUGAAUCACAAGAAGUUCUUAUCGAAGAGCAGUUGGAGUAUUAGAGGGGAACCCAAACAGACCACCCGUCCCGUCGAUACACCCAUCAGACGGAAAGGUAGCGAUCGGUUCAUACAUCAGAUGCUCGACAAAAGUAACGCACAGAACCGGAUGACCAGCUCUACCAUCGCCACCGACGCCAACGAUGUGUCCAACAGUUCCCAACUGUCCUCUCAAGACAACCAGAAUACAGAUACUCGAGGACUGAGACGAAUGAAAGGCAUGUCUUAUUCGGUGACAGAUUUGCGGCAAUUGUCUGAUAAGAAAGACUUCGAUUGGCUUCAAGUGAGCGAUGGUUUCCAGCAGGAGAUCAAAGACAGGAGACAUGAG